GGACCCUCUCUAUCCAUCUCCUCCUUUUCUCUGUCCUGUUCAUCCAACCAAUUUUACACACAUCCUUCUGCCCUUUCAACCUCACCACUACCUUUUCUCCUGCUACAAUCCCAACCAUGCUCAAAGCUCGGCCUAUAUCUCAAGAUGAACUCCCUGAUGAUUUUUUUCUCCCGAUGCACUUGGACAUUCCCAACAUAACAGCUCUCAGUCCCUUCUUAGUACCUCAAACUCAUCUGGGUAGUCCAGGCCUCUUCAUGGGCAUGGCGGCCUUCAUGUUCCUGUUGAUUGUUACUGGGGUGCCGAUCAACGUCCUCACGAUCUUCUGUACCUUCAAGUAUAAGAAGCUACGUUCCCAUCUCAACUACAUCUUGGUCAACCUUGCUGUGUCAAAUUUGCUGGUGGUCUGCAUUGGAUCUACCACCUCCUUCUACAGCUUCGCCCAGAUGUACUUCGCCCUGGGCCCCACUGCCUGCAAAAUAGAGGGCUUUUCUGCUACUUUGGGGGGUAUGGUGAGUUUGUGGUCCUUGGCAGUUGUGGCUUUUGAACGAUUCCUGGUCAUCUGCAAACCCCUAGGAAACUUCACAUUCAGGGGUACCCAUGCCAUCAUUGGUUGCGCUAUUACCUGGGUCUUUGGUUUGGGGGCUGCAUUACCACCCAUGUUUGGCUGGAGCAGAUAUAUUCCUGAGGGACUGCAGUGCUCAUGUGGCCCCGACUGGUACACAACAAACAACAAGUGGAACAACGAGUCGUAUGUGUUGUUCCUCUUCUGUUUCUGCUUUGGAGUGCCACUGUUUAUUAUUGUCUUUUCAUAUGGUCGUCUGCUUCUCACUUUGCGGGCUGUUGCCAAGCAGCAGGAGCAGUCAGCCACAACGCAAAAGGCUGAGAGGGAAGUAACCAAGAUGGUGGUGGUGAUGGUGAUGGGCUUCCUGGUGUGUUGGAUGCCAUAUGCUUCUUUUGCAUUGUGGAUAGUGACGCACCGUGGGGAACCCUUUGAUGUCCGCCUGGCUAGCAUCCCCUCUGUCUUCUCCAAGGCCUCCUCAGUUUACAACCCCGUCAUCUAUGUCUUCAUGAACAAGCAGUUCCGCUCCUGUAUGUUAAAGUUUGUCUUCUGUGGGAAAAGCCCCUUUGGUGAUGAAGAUGAUGUUUCAGGUUCCUCACAAGCCACCCAGGUCUCCUCUGUGUCCUCCAGCCAAGUGUCCCCAGCAUAACCAUGGGCAAUGCCCACACGGCCCACUCUACCUCCAGGGCACUCCACAUCUGUGUACAGCACUGCUCCUCACCCUGCACGUCAGGAUAUUCCUGGUGUGCAUUACUCCUGCAAGUAGCCUGUUCCCGUUCCUCCCCGCCCUCCCGCAACAGGCAUUUGGCUGCUGUGCAGAUCAUUCACACUACAUAUCCCAGCAGGCCAGCUGUUGCUCCACAAGUCUCUAUAUCUAAUGGUUCCCACGGCAAGAAGUUCUGUUCAUGGACUGUUUAUCCCUACCCCUCUAAAGCGAAUGCAAUGAUUGCACACAUACUGAUCAGGGGA